AUGGAAAAAAUGGACUUGGAACAUAUCAUGGAAAUCGGUAGAGAAUUGGGGCUUGACGGGGAAAAGCUUUUAGAUUUUAUAAAGGAGCGUGAAAAAGUGAAUGCUGAGCGCGAGCGGCUUUAUGAGGAACGUGAGGAGCGUAAUAAUCGCCGAGCGCAUGAAAAAUUAAUGAAAGAAUAUGAAAUAAAACAAAAAGAGUUAGACCAAGAACAGCGUAAUGAAAACGUUAAUGAAGCGAUCGCACCAGCACCGCCGCCGGCAAUGCAACACAUUCCCCCCAAGUUACCUAAACUUCCUCCUUUUAAUGAUGGUAGGGACGAGCUAGAUGCGUAUCUUAAACGUUUUGAGAGGUUUGCAGUAGCUAUGCAACGGCGGGAAGAAGAUUGGGCCACUUCUCUUAGUGCGUUACUUACGGGUAGGGCUCUGGAUGCAUUUGCACGGAUGCCUAGUGCUAGUGCUAGGGAUUACAAAGAGGUAAAGAAGACCUUACUGAAUAGGUACCUGCUGAGCGAGGAAGGGUUUAGAAUUAAAUUUAGAUCGGCUAGGUUAGAAUAUGCCGAAACAUAUACUCAGUUUAUAGAUCGCAUAUCAGGAUACUUGACAAGAUGGAUUGAGUUAGGAGGGGUGAACAAAACAUAUGAAGGUAUAUGUGAAAUGAUUGUAAAAGAGCAAACAUUGAAAGUUUGUAGUAAAGCUCUUUUCCUUAAGGAGAGGGGGUCUGGAAGUUUAGCUCAAAUGGCAGCUUUAGCAGACCAUUACGCGGAAGCACACAACGACCGAUAUUUUGCGGAACGUAAGCCCCGUAGAGAUAAUAGUAAACCCACAGUAAAUAAUUCCCCUAGUCCCAAACCUAAUUCUAGUGGAGCCCCUCGCUUAAGUAGGGAAAGAUUAAGUCAGCUUGAAGUAGAGGGUAGGUGUUACGAGUGUGGGAGACAAGGGCAUAUUGCCCGAGAUUGUCGUUCGAAACCGAAUAGUUCCCAAUCGUUCACUAAAAGAGGUGCAAACCUAAUCGUUGGUAGCCAAAGAGAUAGCAGUGGUUUUGGAGCAAAAGAAACAGGUAUGGCUUGUUUGCCGGCAAAAUCAGGCAUGUGCGAUUGUGGCGAUAUCGUAGGUAAAGAUGUGACAUUAAAAUGUGGCCAUAGGUUACCCAUAGUUAGUGCAGCAUGUACAGCAAGCAAUACUAUGCCGGUUACUAAAGGGUAUAUUGGGAAAGACUUGGUUAGUGUGAUGCGUGAUACUGGUUGUAGUACAGUAGUUGUUAGGCGCGGCUUAGUCGAUAAUUCCCAGAUGCUAGGUAUUGAUGAAGGUUGCAUACUGAUGGAUGGUACCGUUCGUAAGUACCCUGUAGCUCAAGUGCAAUUAAAAACACCCUAUUUUUCAGGAACUGUUUUAAACACUUUGUGUAUGGACAACCCUGUGUAUGAUGUCGUCAUCGGAAAUAUUGAGGGGGCAAGGCCGCCCCACGAACCUGUUCCAGCUUGGGGUGCAGGACAAGAUAAUCUUCACUCUGACGACAUCGACCAUGUAGUGAAUGAAGGAGGCGAAGUAAUCUCUCCAGACGGCGAUUUAAGUGAGAGGGAACAUUCUAAACCCAUCCAGUCUGAUGUUAACCCGCCGGUAGUUAAUCCAAUAGUAAAAUUAAAUGAAGCCCAGUCCGUAGAGACCAGGGGACAAAAGAAGAAACGGGAGGCAGGAAUUAAAGAGUUAAAGGUUUUAGAUGUUUCCAUGUGUGAUGCAGCUUCAUCUCGUGAAGAAAUGUUAAAGGCUCAGAGGGAGGAUGAAACUCUGGAAAAGCUCUGGAAGUUGGCCGAGAAUGAAGAAGUGCGAUUAACUAGUAAAGAGAGUGAAGUGCGUUACAAGAUAAAAGAUGGGUUGUUGUACCGUGAGUUUAGUUCACCUAAAGUAGACCAUUGGCACACUUAUAAACAGUUAGUUGUUCCCAGGAAAUUUAGAAACUAUGUUAUUCGGGUGGCCCACGACUCUCCAAUGGCGGGGCAUAUGGGUUCUAAACGUACUACUGCGUUAUAA